AUGCAUAAGGCAGAUACGAAUGAUAAACGGGAAAGGGUGGUAAAAGCAAGUCGGGAUAUCACCAUCAAUAGCAAAAAGGUCAUAUUCCAGGUGCACAGACUGAGUAAACAUAACAAAAAAGAGGUUCUUGAGAAGGCUGAAAAAGAUCUGGUAGCUGUGACAGAUCAAUAUGUGGCCUGGCUAGUAAAAGAACUUGAGGGGACUGAUUUUCGAAAGCUAAGACGAGCAUACUCUCCCGGGGUUCUGCCUUUGUUACAGCAGUAUGUUGAAGCAGUGACACUUUGCAAAUUCUGCAAAACUGGGACUCUUUUGAAUCUUGGUGAGAUUAAUGGAAUCCUCUUACCAUUGAGUGAUCCUUCUCUGGACCCAUUGCAGAUUAAUGUCCUUGACUAUCUCUUGGGGAUUCAUCAGAGCGAUUUCGAUUUGAAGCUCUGA